UCAGGUCUCAGUCGAUCAGCCAUCAGUUCUCCCUCUCUUUGUCUCUCUCUAUUGAUCAUGUCCAGUGUGAGUCUGCUGUCUGUUUAUCUGAGCGGAGCCUCACUCAUCCUGCUGACUGCUGUGUCUGAGGCGCAGUAUUACGACUUAACCGCGGCUCCAGACUACGAGGACUACAACGGCACGUUCGAGUACAGCUUCUACAGUAACACCAGCAUCGAGGACCUGGACAAGUUCAGUGAGCGGUUCAUCGAAAUGGAGGGCGAGGAAGGGGAGGACACGGGGGGACAGCAGCAGGAACAGGAUGUGACUGUAACCAUGGCAACUACCCGAGUCACCACGGAGCAGGGUUGGCAGGAACAGGAUGUGACUGUAACCACGGCAACUACCAGAGUAACCACGGAGCAGGGUUGGCAGGAACAGGAUGUGACUGUAACCACGGCAACUACCCGAGUAACCACUGAGCAGGGUUGGGUCAAAGGUCGUAACACCGCAUCACUUCCUGUUUCUCUGGAAAUCUGGAAGCUCGUCUGGACUCUGAUGAUUCUGAUCAGCCUGCAACACACACUCUGAUGUCAGUGGUCCUGGAGGGGGUCACUGUCCCCCGAUUACCUUUGACCUCUGCAGAGGACCCAUGCUCCCUUCAGCCAAUCACAGUUCACAGACUCUUUGUAUUCUUAGAAAACUUUUUCACUUUCAUAAUAAAUAAAAAAAUAAACGUGGAUUUGCGUAAAAAAA